GCAAUCCGUACCGCUGUUCAAAUUUAUAUUGGUAAACAUCAGUGAAUUUAUUAUUCAAUGCAUGUGCUCUCAUUUCAAUAGUACUUAUAAUUUAUUCAGGACCAGCUAUGAAAACAACAUCAGAAAAAUCUGCUCUUCCAGCACCGAGGAAACUAACUCCGACGCAGCGAUACGAACGUAAAGAAUUGAAGCGCAAGAAAAAGCAAAAUCAACUGUUGAGACGAGUGCAGCGUGAGUUUGAACAGAUGGAACGUGAAAAAGCAGCCACUGUUGAAGUAAAAGUGACAAAAACCCAGCAAAAUGAUCUUGUAUCAACCAUAAGCAUUGCCGUGCCCGGAUCGAUCCUAGACAAUGCACAGUCCCAGGAGCUUCGGACGUAUCUGGCAGGACAGAUCGCCCGGGCGGCGUGCAUCUUCCAAGUGGACGAAGUCGUCGUUUUCGACGACUGUGGCAGCGGCAAUCAGGCAACGGAUAGGCUUGCCACCGUAGAUACUGCCGAAGGAACGAUUUCUGCUCGUCGAUGCUGUGUUCAGCUGGCCCGUAUUCUACAAUACCUUGAGUGCCCGCAAUAUUUACGGAAACAUUUUUUCCCGAUUCAUAACGAUCUUAAGUUCUGUGGCCUUCUCAGUCCUCUCGAUUCGCAGCACCAUCUACGACAGGCAAGUGAAUUCGAAUUUCGUGAGGGUAUUGUCACCAACAAACCGACGAAGAAUGACAGAACGAGCUUUGUUAAUGUUGGUCUGUUGAACGAUGUUCUCGUCGAUACUCACUUGGAACCGGGACUACGAGUGACGGUAAAAAUGCCUCCAGGGGUUGAAUUGAAAUCCAAGAAGAUUCGCGCAAAAGUUGUUGCACCUACACAACCCCGUCAAGAAACUGGAAUAUAUUGGGGCUACCAGGUGCGUGUUGCCAACACGCUCUCGCAAGUGUUCACCAAAAGUCCCUAUAAAGGAGGAUAUGAUUUGACGAUUGGGACAUCUGACACAGGAACCAAUGUUCAGGAACUGAGCCCAAAAAGUCUUAAAUUCAAACACGCCCUAAUAGUUUUCGGUGGAGUUCUUGGAUUAGAACCAGCACUGGAAAACGACCCAAAGUUGAAUGUGGAAAAAGUUGAUCUGCUAUUUGAUGAAUUCUUAAACACGGUACCCCGGCAAGGAUCGCGCACAGUUCGUACGGAGGAAGCCAUAUUAAUAUCUCUGGCAGCGCUUGGGGAAAAAUUGGAUCCAACUGUCAAACCUAAAGAUUUUCAACAUUUUGAUGCCAUUCCACAAAGUCAAGAUACGGGCAUUCAGCAGUACGCGUUUAAUGAGAAAAAGAAAAAGGCAGUCACAGAAGUCACCGCUACUAAUUCCGCUUCGUUAGUGGAUGACAUGGCCCGGUUUGAUUAAAUGUUGCUUUGCGAAAUCUUUAACAUAUAUUUUAACACGUAUUCAUUUAAAUACAGAGAAUAUCCUUCAGAAGGAAAAA